AUGAAGAGUUUAUUUAUCGUUAUGACUGGUCGAGUGGUAGAACUUUUCUCUUUUCUACUUGCGAAAUUGGGAGAGUGGAUGAGUUCGCAAGAUGUUCUAGAAUGGCUAUUCCUCACCAUGUCUCCAAUAGAAUGGUAUUGUCCUUCGGUCUUCUUUUUUAAUACUUCAUCGUUCUGGGAGUUGGACAUUUCUUUUUUAAUAGACUUACCUCACGAUCUGAGGUGUAUCCUUCUUUCCUUACUUAUUUCGUUCUCUCUUUCUUUAUUACGAUGCCGUAGCUAUUGGUAUUGCUAUAGUCCUUUCUAUUUCUAUUCUCUCUUUUUCUUUUGUGCCGUAGCUUGUGUAGCACUCCAUCCUAUUACUUUGGCCUAUUGUUAUUGUGAUCAAGGGAAUUCUUUCCCCCCAUCUCCCCCUACUCCAAUCCAAUUACCGGAGGAACCACUAACUCCCCCCGAGGCUCCGCCCGUCGCUCCACCAAUUCCCCAAUUGGAUCAACCUCUCCUCUCAGAUGAGGAUAGAAGGGCCAUGCUUUACCAGCGCUACUUGGCCCUCAAUUUUGGGGGGAAUGACAGCCUAGCACGUAUGGUAUCUAUUAUAGAUUCUCAGUUUAUAAUAGAACGAUAUAUGGAAGCUGCCCUGGUGGAUGAUGGGUUUCGUCCCCAAUCCAUUCUCUAUAGAAUGAGAGAGAUCCGAGGAUUUAUUCAUUCUCCGUACGGGGGUCUCUUGAGUUCACGGACCUAUCAAUCCCACAUUAGGCAGAUUCAGGAAAAUGGGACGCGCUCAAGCCUUCCCUAUCAACGACUUAUGAUAGCGAUAGAUAAAUCUGAUCUGCUUUUAGAACGCUGA